UUUGCGGUAUUUCUUGAAUCUCAAAGUUGCAAAGGAGCCAAUACCACCGCAAACCAUCGUUGGAGCUUAUCGCUGCAGAAAUUCUUGUGCCCUUGCUUGCUGUAUUCCAACUAUUUUUCUGAAAAGGUUGGAAUUUUAGUACAAGAAGAUGUCUCUGCGAAUAAAGGCAGUGGUAGAUAAGUUUGUUGAAGAGUUGAAGGAAGCGUUAGAUGCUGAUAUUCAGGAUAGGAUCAUGAAAGACAGAGAAAUGCAAAGUUACAUUGAAGAGCGUGAACGUGAAGUUGCUGAGCGUGAAGCAGCUUGGAAGGCUGACCUUUCCCGCCGUGAGGCAGAGAUUGCUCGUCAAGAAGCAAGGUUGAAGAUGGAAAGAGACAAUCUUGAGAAAGAGAAAAGUGUCUUAAUGGGAACAGCAUCAAAUCAAGAUAACCAAGAUGGAGCUCUUGAAAUUACAGUAAGUGGUGAAAAAUACCGUUGCCUCAGAUUUGCCAAGGCUAAAAAAUAAAGGUUUUGCUGGGCUGACAAAAAGGAAAAAGUACAGUCUUCAAUUCUCUCCUUCCCCAAGGCCAAAAGGAAAGUGCUGCUGAGGACUCAUGCUAUUCCAAGCUCAAUUUAUGUCCUCUAGUAACAACUACUGAA